AUGAGAUUUUUCCAGAUAACUUCUAGGUUCGAUUUUACCAACGUCAAAUGCACGAGCUUGGAUAAGGAGUUUGGGGACUUCGAUCACUGUUACCUGAAGUCCGUGAAUCGAAGCUACAAAUACGUUUCUGUGAAGUUUAACCUGCUUCAAACUCCAGUGACUAAAAUGAAGGUAAAUUUGGCCAUGUUCAAACGAUUUAAUGGCUACAGACCAUUUAUGUACAAUGUGACUGUGGACGCCUGCAGAUUCCUCAAAAACCGAAAAUCAAGUCCCGUCAUCAACUUCUGGUUUAACAUUAUUCAAAACUACUCGAAUGUUAACCACUAUUGUCCCUUUGAUCAUGAUAUAGAGUUACUUAAGCUUCCGGUGGAAACCGUGUACUUCCAAGUCACGGAUGUGCUGCCCUUUCCCGAGGGAGAUUACCUUAUCGAGACCACUUGGAUUGCCUAUGAUGUAAAGAGGGUGAUGCUUAAAUUCUAUGGCACCCUUUCCUAA